CAGGGAACGACUAACCCAGCCAAACCAAAGCAAACACACAGCCAGCCAGAUUUCUUUCGCCGCUUCGAGGUCGGAGGAAAUUUGUGUGUUUUCUUUUCUUUCAUCGUUCCUUCUUUCUAUUUCUUUUCCAUACCCCCCGAAAAGAAUCCGAAACGAUGUCGUCCUUCGAGUCGGUUGUUGUCAUUGACGGCAAGGGUCACCUCCUUGGCCGUCUUGCCAGCAUUGUCGCCAAGCAGCUCCUCAGCGGUCAGAAGAUCGUUGUCGUCCGCUGCGAGGCUCUCAACAUCUCUGGCGAGUUCUUCCGCGCUAAGCUCAAGUACCACGCCUACCUGCGCAAGAUGACCCGUUACAACCCUACCCGCGGUGGUCCCUUCCACUUCCGCGCUCCCUCCAGAAUCUUCUACAAGGCCGUCCGUGGUAUGAUUCCUCACAAGACCGCCCGUGGUGCCGCCGCUCUGGAGCGCCUCAAGGUCUUCGAGGGUGUCCCUCCCCCCUACGACAAGAAGAAGAAGAUGGUCGUUCCCCAGGCUCUCCGUGUCCUGAGACUGCAGCCCGGCCGCAAGUACUGCACCGUUGGCCGUCUCAGCCACGAGGUUGGCUGGAAGUACCAGGACGUUGUUGCCCGUCUGGAGGAGAGGCGGAAGGCCAAGGGCGCUGCCUACUACGAGCGCAAGAAGGUUGCUGCGCGACAACUGACCGACGCGAAGAAGAACGCCUCUGUCAAGGAGGAGACGGCGAAGGCCCUCGCGGCUUAUGGCUACUAAGCUGGCCAUUCCUCGGCUCCCCGCGCGGGGGACGCCCUGGUACUUCGCAUUGUCUUUUUCUCGUGCGUUUCAUUAGAUUGGCGCGGCGGUUCACAAAGGAAUUACACUUGAUCUGCUGAGUGAUGGCGAGGGCGGCGGCUUCUUUGGGGCGCGGACGGAAAACUUUCUUCUCCAUUUCAUUUCCUUGAUCCAAUAUUCUCCUUGUCAGUCGGAACUUGAUGGCCCAUCCCACAGAAAAAAAUAAAGCAACACAGGAAACCCCAACAAUCAGCACGGACAAAAAAGGCGAUCUCCUCGAUAUCGGACGUUUCGUGAGGGUGACAGUGGUUGGACUGGACGCGAUGUUAUAAUGUGGUUCUUUGCGCUUGUUCUGCCGCGGUGGGGGGAAAUGGAAGAUUGGAACUGAGCUGGAGGGGAAAAGUUUUUGCUUCUUCUUUCCGUCUGGCCUCGCGAUGGCUUGACACCGCUCAAGGACGCUAUUCGCGGCUUAUUUGGGGGCAAAAAAAGUGAGUCGGCGACAGGAAUUGGGGGACGUGGGAGAGGAUGGGCAGUGAUGAUCAUACCCUUUCUCUGAGCAAAAGAGG